AUGGUCGCUGCCAUGUCCUCGUCCUCGUCCUGCCCAACUCGUUCGUCCAAUCCGGACCGAAUGCAGAUCGAUCUGAGCCACGCUGCUGGGGAAGAUGAUGAGGUGUUGGUCGUGGCUUCGAGCUCAAAGUUCAAGAUCGAGGAUCAGCUCGUGCUCAAAGCCAAGCCGACGAACAAACGGGUGCUGGAUCUGACUCUGGUGAGGUGAACUUGGAUCGGAUAUCAUAAACGAUUCAUCACUGACCAUUCCGUGCCCUCUGUAGAAGUCGUCUCCGAGCAACAAGGGCAAAGAGCUGGCCUCGCACGACGGGAACGAUGACGACGAUGUCCAUCGUGAUGACAACGACGACGACGACGACGAGCGAGCCGAUCCCGUCGACGCGAACGAGCUAGGCGAGGACGAGAAGCACAUUGGCCGUGUUGAGGAUGGUUUGGAUGAGGACGAGGACAUCGUGAUUGGCCAGAUCCCUUUGGCCAAUGUCAAGGGAACCCAACAUUAUGGCGGGGUCAAGACGCGUGAGUCAAGAGUGAGCUCGCAGGAGUGGGGCCCACCGCCAGCUCAUGGAGCACCAGAGGGGUCUGAUCGUCGAAAAUUUUCCUGAUUCACAGUCAAGCCCGGAAUGAAGCUCGAAUUCAAAAGGGUACGCCUCCUGAGCUAAAGCUUCCGGCUACUUGCUCGCCGAAUUCAGACUGACCUCGUCGCUCGGACUUGCCCGCACAAACAGGACCGAACCAACUUGGUCGAUCCUCAAAAUGCCAUCGCCGUCAGUCACGCUCGACGAGGUGCAAAGAUCGGCAUGGUCGCCAAAGGUCUGGCCGCCCGACUUGCUCCUCUUCUCGAUGAAAACCUGAUCGAGCUCGAAGGUGUGGCCGGUGAAGGUCGGUCUAUCCCUUCUCGUCAAUCCAGCUCGUGUGCGCAAACUGACACUUGCAAGGCGUGCCCCUUCAUCAGUUGAUCCGAAAGGCACGCAUAUGAUUACCUCGAUCACGUGCUGCAUCUCGAUCUGGGGCAAGCGAUCGGUGGGUCGAGACCCCCGCCUCGAUUGGCUCUUCCCGUCCCGAGCCAAGCGAGCGACGAUGCUCGCACGCGCUACGAAGAGCGUCCUUGCCAAUCACAACAACCAUUCCAAUGACCUCAAGAUGUCGAGAGGAGGAUCGACGGCGAGUUCGAACGGCGGGCCGAUGAUGAGCGAUCAGGAGAAGGUUAGCAAUUUCUGUGCGGGCUCGGAACUCACACCACAGGCGAUUAGACUGAUGCUCGUCCAUUUCUCUGCUUCAUAGCUCAAACAAGAAGUACUGAUGAUGCACGCGCUCAUGAUUGAAAAAGAUCGGCGCGCCGUCGGCGGUGACCCGCUCAGUGAGCUCUUCAAAGAAGGCGGAUUGGACCCCUCUCGACUGCCGAUGCACCCUUGCCCGCCGGGAAAGAAGGACAAGACGAUGAGAACUGACCUCAUGCCGUUCCAAAAGCAAGGUCUAGCUUGGAUGAUCCGCAUGGAGCAUCCUCGCCUCCCUCGCAAGGUCGACGAUCCUCCCGUGCAACUGUGGCAACGCAAGAUCGAUCCGAAUGGCGAACCCUUUUUUUACAACGUCGCGACCGAACUCAUGCAACGCGAGAAACCUCUGCUUAAGCGAGGAGGCGUCUUGGCUGAUGAGAUGGGUUUGGGCAAGACUUUGACGACGAUAGCGCUCAUCACGACGGAUGAUACAGGGGACGGCGUGCUCGACGAACCGGAGGAUCCGGAUGACAGGUUCGAUGACAUGACCUUGAUCGGUGAGUGACAAUUGUAGACUCGGUCGGGACGAGGAACUGAUGAUUGAAACCCCUUUUGAACUGUCUUCAACUGUCCAGUCUGCCCACUCUCGGUGGCCUCGAAUUGGACGAGUCAGCUGCACACCCACGUCGGCUCGAAGCGUUUGAAGUGGCACCUCUAUCACGGUGACGGGCGCUCGUUGACGAAGAAGCAGCUGCGCAACUUUGACGUCGUCAUCGCGACGUAUCAGACCCUAGCUGCCGAGAUAUCCGACCCGAAUUCAAGUCGUGCGACGACGGCCGAGGCCGACGAGGAGAACGGUGGUCCGGACAAGAAGAAGGCCAAAGUGCCGACCAAGAAGCACGACACGUUGCACCAGAUCAAGUGGCGCCGCGUCGUGUUGGACGAAGGUCACGUCAUCAAAAACCCCAAGGCCAAGAUGACGAUCGCGUGCACGACGCUGAUCGCCGAACGUCGCUGGGUGCUCACGGGUACCCCGAUCGUCAACUCGUCCGACGAUCUCGGCGCAAUCAUGUCCUUUUUGCGCAUGUGCAAACCCCUCGACAACCGUGAGGAGUGGCUCAAGUACGUCGGUGACGGGAAAAACGCGACCGAAAGCAGUGCCAAGAUCUUGCGCGCCAUCGUCGCCUCGACGACGCUGUGUCGCACCAAGGAUAUGAAGGACUCGACGGGCAAGUUGCUCGUUACCUUGCCCAAGAUCCUGUUUUACGAAUUGCGCGUCGAGCUCGAUCCAGACACGCGAGCCCUGUACGAUGAGAUCCAAGCGCAGCUCAAGGACAUUGUGCGCACGUACAUGAAGAAGGACACGAUCAACUCGCACUAUCAGGACGUGCUCGUCAUGCUCUUGCGUCUUCGUCAGCUUGCCUGCGACCCUUCGCUCUGCCCCGAAUCGUUCCUCGAAGCCGUGCGCGAGCGCCAACUCGCUCGUUCGCUCGAGAAGAGCAUCGCCUUCGAUCGCAAGCUUGAUCGAGCCGAGUUGUCGGAGCUGCAGAUGGAACUGCGUCAGCAGCUGGCGCAUGGAGGCACGUGCUUGAUCUGCGGUGAGACGCCAAACGAUCCUCGUUUGACGCUGUGCAAGCACUUGUACUGCUCGCCCUGCAUCGAAGGCGACGAACGACGUCGACGCGACUGCCCCAUGUGUCGCACCACCAUCGACUACGACCAACUAAUCGAACUGGACGGUGCGGUCUCGGAAACGGCGAGCCUGGUCGACGAAGCCGAGGUAUUGGAACGACAAAAGAAGGAAGGUGCCAGAGCGACGUCCCCCAAGAUUGCGAGGUUGAUCACAUUGCUCCGGGCCGAUCCGACGGCCAAGAGUUUGGUCUUUUCCCAGGUGAGCGAAUCGUGUUGUCAAGAUUGUGGGAGUUCGCAUCUUAUCCAACAGCACGAUGCCCCCACAGUGGACCACUCAUCUGAACUGCAUCGAAGUAGCGCUCGAGCAAGCGGGCAUCACGAGCUGCCGCUUCGACGGAAGUAUGACCCAAGCCAAGCGGGAGGACAUGAUCAAGGCGUUUUCCAAGGCGCCUCCGGCAGCGUCGAUCCGACUCAAGAAGGGGGAGAAGCCACCUCCGACAGUGAUGUUGAUUUCUUUGAAGGCUGGUGCUUUAGGUCAGUGUAUCUGAAUUUGGGGUGAUGGACUUGAUAUCGAAGAGAGGUGGACUGAAGCUUGAUUUCAUUUUGAAUUCGGUACAGGCUUGAACUUGACGUGUGCUAAUCAGGUCUUCUUGAUGGAUCCGUGGUGGCAAGCGUGAGUUUGGAAGGCAUGAUUCAGCGAGUCUCUGCUGCACAUGCUAAGGAAUGUACCCAUCACUCACAGAUCUAUUGAAACGCAAGGUGCGCUGCCCGUGCUUUCAGAAAAAGGACCCUCCCACGCACUCCCCAGCUGACUCUUCCCCGAUCUCUGCCCCGCUUCCAGCCAUCGACCGCUGCUACCGUAUCGGCCAAACGCGCGAAGUCAAAGUGUUUCAACUGAUCGCGGAGAACACGGUCGAGGACCGGGUGUUGGAGAUCCAGAACCGCAAGAACGAACGCAUCUCGGAGGCGUUUUCGGGCAACAAGGAUGGGUUCAAGGCGAGGCAGAAAGUACAAGGUUCGUUGCGCGUUGGCGGAUUUCGAUUUCUUGGAAGGGUUCAUGGGAGAGUCGCUGACUUUUUGCGUGUGUGCGUGACUAUGCAGUGAGGAAGUUGGACGAUAUCUUGCAUGUGCUGGAUAUGUGA